AUACGUUGUACAUUCGAACAUGUGCAUCUGGCAUAGACUGUAUACAUAGAUCUUAAGCAGCUUAACUAUGAAGUUAUAUUUGCAAGCAAAGACCUUAGAAUCACAUCCGCAACAUGUUCGUAGUUAGUUAUCAGUAGCUGCAGCCGUUGGCGUUGAUUGAACCUAUUGCAGGUGGAACGCUUUUUAUGAGCCUUAUGAAUAUGCGUGUAGCGUACUUGACUAUCGAACGUCGCCUGGCUCUUGCUGAGCAAUUUAGUAGCCAUCUUAACGACUCCCUUAGAACAGACGUUUUGGUAGUUACAAAGUAGGUAGAUAAACUGUUUACCAAGGCGAAUAGUGGUAAUUCCUCCUGGAGGAAGAUCUUCAAAGAAGGUGUCACUUUUAACAGCGGUUCAUUUUGGCGCAACGGCUUGUGGGUAAAUUUUGGGUGCAGCUUGCAGUAGAAAGAGUAUCUGACCAGGAACUUCGAUUCGCUCUUCUUGAACCGCAGUAUCUCAAACCUGGAAAACAACAUCUGUUUCUUUUUGGUUCGGUUAUUGUUUGAGAGAUUUAACCAAAUUUAACCCAGCGACAAAACUGUUUAGAAUAUUAUAGGUAUGAGUUUAAACGAACAUUCACUCCAAGCCCUGUCUUGGAGGAAGCUUUAUUUGAGCCGAGCUAAACUCAAGGCAUCAAGUAGAACGUCGGCUUUGCUGUCUGGAUUCGCUAUGGUGGCGAUGGUGGAGGUGCAGUUGGAUACCACUUAUCCUUACCCCCCUGGUCUGCUGAUAGCCUUCAGUGCCUGCACCACUGUGCUGGUGGCCGUUCACCUUUUCGCUCUAAUGGUCAGCACUUGCAUUCUUCCCAAUAUAGAAGCUGUCAGUAACGUCCACAAUCUCAACUCUGUGAAAGAGUCUCCCCACGAACGUAUGCACCGCCACAUCGAGCUGGCCUGGGCGUUCUCCACUGUGAUUGGUACUUUGCUGUUCCUGGCGGAGGUAGUGCUCCUGUGUUGGGUCAAGUUUCUGCCUGUGAAACCCAGCAAGCCGGUGACACCCAGCAAGGCUAGCAACGAAACCGUGGAGAUGUCUGCUGGAGUGGCCGCCGCCAUCACCUCCACUUCCAUCAUGGUGCCCUUCGGUCUGGUGUUUAUCGUUUUCGCUGUGCACUUCUACCGAUCCCUGGUCAGUCACAAAACAGACCGGCAGUUUCAGGAGCUGGAGGAGCUGUCCAACCUCACCAGGCUUCAGAACGAGCUCGACCACAGAGGAGAACCGUCGCUCAUGCAGCCCCCCGGUUCUCACUUCCCUUGAAGAGGAACCCGAAACCUACUGUAUGCCACGAAGAACUUUGACAUUUAUGGAUGUUU